UUUUUAGAUAUUAGUUAGAUGUAACCAUUUCCAAAAUUUCAUGCUUUUAUCUUUAGCCGUUUGAGCGCACAACAAAAAUAAAGGCUAAAUAGAUUUUCACCAAAAAUCAAAUGGGUAAUAUUCUUUAUCUGAUUAGUUUUUGGAAGAAAUCGGAGCGUGGGAGGGGGAUUUUAAAUAUGCCAGCUCUAACUCCCGUCCAGUACAACACAGUUCAUAAUAAAAUGGAAAAAAUAGUUGACAAGGUAUUUCUAAAGGAGUUGAGAAAAGCCGGUGAAGAAGAAGCGACAAUAGAUCAAGAAAAAGGAGAUGUCGAUUCAACUGGCACACCAUAUAUAACAGUUAUUGCAGAUGGAGCAUGGUCUAAAAGAUCAUAUAAGACAAAUUACAACGCAUUAUCUGGAUUAGCUGUUAUUAUUGGAAAAGCCACCAAAAAGGUUCUAUUUAUGGGAGUCAAAAAUAAGUUUUGCAUAAUAGGCUUAAAAUUUGAAACUAAAAACGAAGAUACACCUCAACAUCAGUGUGCCAAGAAUUGGAAAGGGUCAUCGACAUCUAUGGAAAGUGCGAUUAUUCUUGACGGGUUCCAACGUAGCGUUGAGAUGCAUGGAUUAAAGUAUACAAUGCUAGUUGGUGAUGGAGACAGUAGCAAAACUAAAAAAUUGUCCUCACAUAAACCUUAUGGAGCCACACCUAUUCAGAAAAUUGAAUGUGUACCAUUUACUAAAGAAUUUUUGUAA